AUGGAAAGGGAAAAAAGUAAUCUUACAGUGAAGAGACCUGACCAGCACUAUCUUGGCCAGGUGGUCAAGGUCAACAUCAUCAGUGGGAAGCAGAUCCAGAUCGCUGACUGCUGUGUGCUGGAGGAUGACUGGCUGGUGGCUCUGGGCCGCCGCCAGCCCCGCUCUCUCACUCUGCACCGCUGCCGCCUCGGUGGCCAGGCUGUGACAGACCAGGGCCUGAAGCGACUUUUCCAGCACUGUGGGGAUGUUCUUCAGGAGCUGAAUGUGACCAGCUGCAGUGGCCCUGGGCUUGCAGGAGACAAGAUCCUGCUCCAUGCAGGGGCCCUCUGCAGCAGAUUGACAGCAGUGGAUCUAAGUUGGUCGGGGGCCACAGAUGUGGGCGUGCUGGCUCUCAUACAAGGAGUUUCAGGCCUUCAAGGACUCUCCGUUAAUGGAUGCCAGGUUACAGACAAAGCCAUUGAAGCUUUAGUUAAAAAGCAUGGAAACAGUCUCCACAAAAUAGAAGUAUUUGGCUGCCUUGCUCUUACCACCAGGAGUGUGGGCUCCCUGGCCCUACAAUGUCCACACCUUCGGACCUUGAACAUUGGAAGAGUCCCCAAGGUUUCUGAGGCCUGCCUGGUCAGGAGCCUGGAGAACUUACGAGAAGGGACUGCGCUUAAUGUUGCUGGCCUCAAAAUGGUGAGGGAUCAGAUCGUCCAUCUCAUUGUCACACAAUGUCCUAAACUGGACAGCCUGGUCCUCAGCUCUUGCUUUCAGGUAACAGACCUGAGCUUGGUGGAAAUCAGCACCCAUCUGCGAACCCUCAGGUAUCUUGAUGUGAGUGGAUGCCGACAGGUAACCAAUGCAGGAAUCCAUGCAUUGGCAAGAAGGUGCCACCAGCUCAAGUAUCUGGACCUAAGCUCUACAGGGAUAAGCAAAAGAGGGGUUUGUUCAUUGGCUAAUUAUUGUCAUAUUAGUUUGGAAUGUGUGAAACUCAGUUUCUGCAAGAAUGUCACUCUGGAUGUGGUUAAAAAGCUUUGUAAAAACUGUAGACGGUUGAAGAUUCUCCAUCUUUACGGCUGCACCAUCACUUCUGACCUGUGUAAAAUAAAAGAAGCUUAUGGAAGAGUCCAAGUAUUUCAUGAUAUGUCUGCCCUUACCUGCUAAUGUUUUCAGGAAAAUAGAACUUCUAGCAACAAAGACUUUGAAAAUACACAUAGUUAAAUAUGCCCAGAAAUUUCCCCAAUUAAAGUAAGAUAUAAAUUAUUUUUAAUCUAGAUGAAGAUAAGGGGUAAUUGCACAUGAAAUUUUGGCAUCUCAUACAAAAAUAAUGCAUUUUUGUAUGCCAAGCAGCUCUCCCCCCUC